AUCACUUGUGCAUUCACUGAUGUUCAGAAUAGUACCAAGUUGUGGCAAGGUAAUGAGAAGGCUAUGAGGGAAUCUUUGGAAAUUCACAAUCAAAUAAUGAGAAGAAAUCUCCAACUCUAUAGAGGGUAUGAAGUAAAGACGAACGGUGACAGUUUUUAUGUUGCUUUCAGAGAUCCAUAUGAUGCCAUGUUGUGGGCUAUGGCUGUUCAAUUAGAAUUGCUUUCAGCUAAAUGGCCUAGUGAUCUAUAUCAUGAAUGGGAUUGUAGACAAGAGUGGGACUCUAAGACAAGAAAAGCCUAUUGGAGUGGUUUGAGAGUGAGAAUUGGUUUGCAUUAUGGUAAGGGUGACUGUGUUUUUGACAAGACAAUGAAGAGAUAUGAUUAUUUUGGUACUGUUGUAAACAAGUCUGCCCGUAUUGAAGCCUUGGCCCAUGGUGGUCAAGUAUGUGUGAGC